AAGCUCCUUGGUUCAAGCCUUGCGCCCACGGCGGCUUGGGUUUGAAUUCCAGGGAGCUCCGUUAUCGGCAAGACUCCCAGAGCCAGUGCGACGUCUUUCCGCGAUGCCCGUCCUGGAGAUAUGUAGUCGGACUAUCGAUGCGGUGCAGAUCACGUGCAUCGUGUUCUGCGCAGCCCUGUUGCUGGGACGCCCGAUCCGACAGCUUGGGAUCAGGGGUGGCCUGCGAUCCUGCAUUGGUGGUCUAGUUGCUCAUCUGCGUUCGCUAUCCAGGAGAGCGAGCAGCAUGAUUGCGUGCAGCGUCACUUGCUCUCAAGAUGCUGUUCGCAAGCAUGAGUUGAGCAUGAGGACUGACCUCGCGGGACGUUGCUGCCAUCUGGUUGCCUCUUUGUCGCUUCUGUUUCUCCCAGUGGCAUUCUUCAUAGAUGACGAUCGUGAUCACGCAACUCCGCGGCGCCUGUAUAUGUGUGUCGUAGUAUUGGUUUCGGUCGUUCUCCAUGUUUUCCCAAGCUUGAUGACACCACAGUCGCUUCAUGUUUGGUAUUCGGUGUUUGCGAUUGUUUCCGUGCUGACGAUGUCUCCGUUGUUCCAGUCCGCCGAAUCGAUUGUUCAUCUUCGACCUUAUAUCGUUUUUGAAUGCAUGAUAUCCACUGUUAUGGACAUGUGCCUCUCAGUGAACAUGACGUGGACGGCGAUUCAAUAUAUGGUCGCUGUGCUCACGGUAGUCACUAGUGAUUUCAGCAACAACCCUUGUCUGAAUUCGAACCCUACCCUGGUGACAGACGUUCUCAGAGACUGGUGUCUUGUAAAUGCAGCUUUGGUGAUGUUCAAUGCUGGUUUCUGCCAGGUUGCGCGCUUUCAGCUAGAGGGUAAGACUUCAAGAAGCGAGCUGCGGGCUGCAAAGUCGAUCUUGGCAGGCGUGUGCGAUGCUGUGGCGGAGCUCGAUGCUGACUGCGGCUUUCGCAGCCUGCGCAGGGGCUGGCAACAGUGCUAAUGCUACAUCCGUCGCGAACGCUGGCCGGAGAGAAGCUAACAUCGCUCAUUCCUUCAGAGGCAGAUCGCAAGAAAUUGGUCCGAGAGGUAACCUCCAGUACCAACGGCGACGGCUUCUGCAAGGCUUUUCACGUGAGCAUGCGGGACAGCAGGGGCAUCGCAGUACCGAUGGAGGUAUUUUGUGUUCGCGUCCACAGUUGCGAUAACAAGGAGUACCUCCUCGGCUUUCGGGAGUUUGCGGACACAGCGUCGGCCAUGCCUCAGCCAAUUCUGCGUGCGUUGAAGAGUGAUGUUCAGGGUCGCCGUUCGUCCGUAACGGAAAAGUCCAGCACUUGCACCUAUGAGCGCGAGACCUCCCAGGGGUCAACUUUACCUCAUGUUGCUGUUUGUGUUUGGUUCGACGCCCUGUCGCCUGAGCUCACCAUGCUGUGCUGCAGCAGCGCCUUCGAGGCCUUCGUCGGCUGCCCUUGGGAACAGAUAUGCGGGCUGGAGCAGAGUCUCCUGCGGUGUGCCCGGCCGGAUCAGCGAGACGAUUUCCGAUAUUGGAUUAGCUACUGCGUCAGCCAGUUCGACGAGAAUGCCGAUGAGUCUAGCCAGCUGCCGCUCUCCGUAAACAGGACAUGCUUCCGCUUCAGCAAGCACCACCACCUCUUCCGCCUCGCUAUUCAGAACCGUGUGACGCUGGUUUUGACGCCGCAAGAUGGCGAGCAUUGGCCCGUGGGGGCAGGCCAGCCUUCGCGGGUAGCAAAGCUCGUGCUUGACCGGCCGAAGUGGAUCCAGGACGGACGUUGCUGGGGAGGGCCCGUUGCCUCUUCGCUGUCCGGCGGCACCGCAGUGCCGCCAGGCGGCCCCGGCCCCGAAGCCCAGGCAGCUCCCGCGCCGCCGGGCGCACCCAUGCCUGGGCCCGACGCCGCCUCGGACUGCAGCGCCUUCGACAGCGGGGUGGGCACCCUCGGCGAACACCAGGCCUGCCGCGGGGGCGCAGUGCGCGGUGGUCGCCAUGAAGAAAGGGGUGGGCAGAACGGCGGUUGCGGCCGUGGCAGCGGAGGCAGAGAGGGCGGUGGCCGAGAUGGUUGCGCCAGCCUGUCGUUGUGAGUCCGCUCGGCGCAUCUCCCCGCUCCCUUGCCCCCCCGCUUCGUCCCCUAGUCGGCGGCUGCCAUCGCUAAUACCAUCAUUUCGUGUGCAUGAGAUUUGAUGCGAAGGGCAAGUCAGGCGCCCUGGGCUGGACACGCGAGUCAAUGCACUCGUGGCCAUUUUGGCUCAGCUGGAGUGCGCGCUGCGCCAACCGCCCACCCGCCCUGCAUCGUCACUCUGGGCGCUGGGUAGGGGUCUCCGUCGCGCGACCGGAGCGCCCCGCUCUUGGCACGCCAGUCGCGAUUCAAGGCUACGUCAGCUACUUCGACUAAUAUGAAAGAUGCUCCAGCAGUUGCCCAAGACGGCCAUUUUGGCCCGUCACACUCUCCCUUCCUUCCCCGUCUCCUCC